ACUCAGCCACUGCUGGCCAAUCCACAUUGGGGAGCGGAGACAAAUGCUGUCUGGGCCGCAGGCAAUUGGGGCGAAGUGAUGCUGUCAUGCGUCAAAAGUGGGACUGGGGCGCCAUGGGGCAGGAAGGAUGGGAGCGAGAGAAAGAGAGCGACCGACCCGUCCAAAGGCUCUCGGUCGGUGGACCGAGGAGCGAAGAGAAGGAGCGACAGAACGAGGCUGCUACGAGAGGAGAGCGGUAGGACGAGAGAACAGGAGAACAGGAGAACAGGAGAAGAGGAGAAGAGGAAAAGAGGAGAAGAGGAGAAGAGGAGAAGAGGAGAGGAGGAGAGACGGAGAAGAGGCAACCAUGAGAAGGGGAGAGCGGGAAAGCGAGCGCAUUGGGAGACUGGGACAAGCUUUCGGCCAAUUGAUUGUGAGCGAGGGGCACUUGUCUUUAUCACCAAGUGGCGCCUAAGCGUUUCGCUUUACAACCUCGCCUCGCCGCGUCCCGCUAGCGACGAGAGUGGUCUGUCCGGUCGAGGGCAAUCACCGUUGGCCUUGGACUUUUUCUCGAUGCACCCGCGUUCACCUCAACUCCUGUGUCACACAUACACAUACACAUACACACACUUGUUGUCACGACGAAUUGGAGUAACCGGGCCUAGGGCCCGGUCUCGUUUCCGUCCUAUUCCCAUUCGCAUUCCCAUUCCCGUUCCCGUUCCCGUUCCCGUUCCCGUUUCUGUUCCCAUUAGCAUUGGCGAGCAAGUGCUUUUCAAUUCACUUGACACCACAGCACCCACCCUCAACCGUCUUCACUUGCUCCUGCUCAGCUCCUCCUCCUCCUCCUCCUCCUCUUCUCGCCUCUUCUGUACCAGGCCGGACUCCCUCUCGCUUCGGGAGCGCGACAAUUUCGUGUCCGGCCAGCGCUUUUCCCCACAGCCCCACUCGCGUCGGCACACCUCGACGCCGCCACCGGCCAGCAAUCACCGCUUCGGCCUCCCACCCACACUUGCCCACACUCGCCCACAAUCGUUUCGGUGUCGGCAUUCCCACUUCACGCCCUCCGUCAGCAUGCAAACCCGCUCCGAGGCCACCUCAUCCCCGUCGACGUUGACUUCGCCGUCGUCAUCGCCGUCGCCGUCGCCGUCGCCGUUCGCCAAGCCGUCAUCACAGCCGCUCCCGGCAGUGGCCGCGGCCUCCGGCCGCUUGAGUCUGUCGGAGCCGAGCAAACUGAACUCGUUCGCCCUCCCCGACGUCAACGAUGACGUCGACGUCGACGCCAACGUGAACGGCGACGCCGAACUGACGACCGCCUCGAGGACGGACGGCCCGCGGGCCUCUGUCCAGCUCCACGCCGCCCGGUCCGGAUACUUCGAUUUUGCGUCGCCGCUCGCCUCGCACUCGCACACGCACCCGCACUUGCCUCCGCAUUCGCCGUCGCCGUCGCCGUCGCCGUCGCCGUUGCCGUUGCCCGUCUUUUCGCUGCCGGCUUCGCCGCCAAUCCACGACACCGUCGCCGGCUCUGCGGCCUCUCGCGGCUGUCCGAAGCGCCCGGCCGCGACGGCCGAAGUCAAGACGGACCGUCUGAGUCCGGCCAGAGUGCGCUGCGAGACCGGCUUCUACAUCCACUCGCUCCUCCAACCCGCCGCCUCGUGGCCGUCCCACGAGCCCAAGCUCGAGUCCGCUCCUCCGGCUGGCGGACAGCAGCCAAGACGAACGACACUUUUUCCCGGUAAGUCAGACUCUCGCUGUGGCCCCGGCUGGACCCAGUUUUGGAGCAGAUUUCUCCCGUCUCUGGGGCGAUGGGAGGCGGCGUCGGAUAGCAACCGUACCAAAAAGCCCGUUUGCCAGUUCUCCCACUUCAAGCCCGCACGGAACUAUGUGCCCACUUUGCCCACGCCAGCGGUUGAUCCAAGCGGUGCCAGCAAGUCUGGCAGAAGAAUGUGA